AUGCUAAAUGCAAAUAGUGGUAAUGUCUCAAUCCCGGAUGUAUCUCUGGAUGAGGAAACGCUACCCAUGCAUCUUGACACCACGGUAAUGGACACUUCACCAGUGGCACAAAACAGGUUGAACUUAUCACAAAGCGAGGCAAAAUUAGGUCCUAAGACGAAAGUUGCCAAACCAGAGGCUGAGUUGGUGGAGCUGGUUAUUGCCUCAGACUGCCGAGUUUCGCCCUUUUUUUCCGGAUUCAGUUGGCUUGGACCUGAUGAAGGCUUAAGGUCUACACCCACAAUGGACGAUUUGGCUCCGGCAAUGGUUGUCGGACGCGGCUAUCUCCACCGCCUUGACUACAUGCGUCCGCAUUCCGGACCCGGUUGA